GGUGACGGGACACACACACACACACGGAUGGAUGUCUUCGGGUUCGUUUGCCUGAAUUUUAUGUUAGGCAGGCUCAUCGCUCACGAAUCUGAAGGAAAAAUGUGUUUGUGAGUGGCUGUACACAUGUGCUUUCCUCUGUCCUUUUUUCUCACCCUCCUUCACACAUAUCGAUAAAGUGGAUAUUGAUGGGUCCUGUUGAGCAGAUGGGCGAUACGCGGCUUAAGCGUAUAGCGUUGCAUGUGACACCCUAGUGCGGUGAAGUAAAUCCCGUAUCCGAUUAUACGCGCAUACGUGUAGCUGUAUCGAAUGGCCAUAAAAGAAGGAAAAAUAAAUAAAAAAUAAACAAGUGUACCGGUGGAUCUUCCUCAACUGCACCCUGGGGUGGUCGUCGGUGGGGAGCUAUCGGCUAUCGGCUUACGGAAGGAUAAAGGUAGAUUCUUCACGUGGGCGUUGAUGUGUAUGUUUGUGUACGAAACAGUGUUUGUGCAACUCACUGUACCAUGGGCCUUGUUGUGAGGCGCAAAAUUGUUCAUCUCCAGCACAGGCCUCACUCGCCGAUUCGCCGAUGUUCAUGUAUGUUUCCGUUCGUUUCCGUUGUAGCCGUGCCAGUGGGCCGUGUACCAGGUGAUAGCAUAAACGAGUGUUUUGUUUUUAUCUUGUGCAUUCAACGCUGAGCGCGGCUGUUCGGUUUGUUCGCGGUAUACGGACAGCAUUCUGCUACGGUAAUUGACAAUUUGUGUUGCGGUCAGCAGUGUAUCGAAUGUGAAUCCCAAUCGCAAAAACCACACACCGAAGCGAGCGCGAACAACGAUACAUCGUGAGGUCGUGCCUUGGUGGGAAAGGAUUUUGUGGUUUUGAGCUGGUUGCAUUUUGAAAAAUGUUGUUGUAAAAGAAGUUUACAGUUUACCGUCGUUCACAGCUAGGCAUUCAAAGCAGGAAGCAUCAAUAGCAGCUAUGGCUGGUUGGCGCUCUCAACAGGGAAUAAAUAUACUGUUUCUUUUUAUCGUGCAUUUGAAUCAUGGCAUCACAAAGUCACUGCAGACCUUCUCGGAGGAACAGUUUUUGCUGGAGCUGAGCGACGAUCGGAGUAGCUCACAGGGAACUCAUCCCACGGUACGUAGCCGGCCACCGUACCUUGGCAACCUGCACCUUGGCUUUCACCAGCCGCACCACCCAGCGCCGGAAACGAGUGAGAACGAAAUUUACGACUCGGACGAAAGUAAUCUGCUCCGGACGCCGCUCGACCGUGGGCCACACUUUGAUUUGUCCGCCUCGAAGAACAUUACGGCGCUGGUCGGGAAGACGGCCUAUCUCAACUGCCGGGUGAAAAACAUCGGCAACAAAACGGUGUCCUGGGUGCGGCAUCGUGACAUUCAUCUGUUAACCGUAGGUAGAUUCACCUAUACAUCCGACCAGCGUUUCCAAGCUGUACAUAAUCCCCAAACAGACGAUUGGUCACUACAAAUUAGAUACCCACAGAAGCGAGACACGGGCGUGUACGAGUGCCAGAUCUCGACUACGCCACCGGUCGGACAUUCGAUGUUCCUCUCCGUAGUAGAACCAAUCACCACGAUCGUUGGUGUGCCGGACCUGUAUAUCAACACGGGCUCAACUGUAAAUUUAACCUGUAUAGUGCGGAACUCACCCGAACCUCCCUCAACUAUUAUUUGGACACACAACAAUCAGGAGAUCAACUACGAUUCACCCCGGGGCGGUGUGUCGGUCAUAACGGAGAAGGGUGAAACGACGACAUCCUACCUGCUAAUACAGCGCGCCCGUACGACCGACACCGGGAAGUACGUCUGUUCACCGUCGAAUGCCGAUCCAUCCACGAUCAACGUGCACAUUCUGAACGGGGAACAUCCGGCGGCCAUGCAGCAUGGCGGUCAGCUGCGGAUAGGAGAUCCACUGCACGUGUUCGUCCUCUGGCUGAUUAGCUUUUUACUCGGGCGGCGAUGAAAGUGCAAUUCCGAACGCCAAAAACCACGGACGGGAACGGCGCGGCCACAGCCCUUCCAACAAAACCCUUCCAGUGUUUUAGCCACAAAAUGGAUCCCACGCACAAAUAUACAGCCAGAGAGAUAGAGAAGGAGAGAGCGAGGAAGCAACCGUGCAUCACAGUGUGCAGGCACAUCAAAGUGUGCCACGCAAAUUAGAGCUAAUUAGAUUAAAUGUGCCAGUUGACCAAUGUUGGUGCAGGUGCAGGACAAAACAAUGGGAUGUGACUGGAUGUAGGAUAAAUUAAUUUGCGGUUUUCAAAUGGCCAAACGAUUGCGGGAAAAUAUUGUCCGCGUAAACACACACACACACACGCGGACACAGACGCGUGCACUGAUUGGCGCUAAAUGACGAAAUGAGCAGUUACUAAUCAUGCCAAUGAUCGAUUUCGACGAUGGUUGGCAGCAUCAUAAUUAGUCCAAAGCGUUAAAUGGGGUUUUUUUUUUUAAUUUGAAAUACUGGUGCGCGUGUGGUUUUGUGCCGCUCAAGGUUGUUCUAUUUGCAUACUUGCAUACUCGUGUGAUUGAUUGAUUUUAUGUUUAGAUCAGCUAAGAAAAUAAUACUGAAAAGUGUUAAGCACACAGAUUAUAAGGCAUUUGUUUUGUCAUAUUGUUUAAAUUGCUGAAAAAUUAAAUGAAUGCAAUACUAAAAUGUUAAUAGGUUCUAGAAGUCAUUAGCUUUUGAAUAAAAAAAAAAUCAUUGACACAACAACACAGCCUAUGUUCCAGUAUUCGCUAUAAAAUUGUAUGAAUUCCUUUGUUUAGUUUUGUAAAACGGAUUACCUUUGUUUGAAAUGGUUUUAAUACACAGAAAGUUGUGAACAUGCUCACAUGUGGCUAGUACCGAGGAGAGCUGUUUGAUAAAUGUUUUCGGAAAUUUCAACAUCAAAUGUAAGCGAACCGACACGUCAGUCGAUAAAAUGGGCAUUUGCGUGUUUUAGGUAAAUGAAUAAUA